AUGCGUAAAACCUUCCUUGCAGCUCUUGCGUGCGCCUCUGCCAUCACCGGAGUGACUGCUCACCCGGAACGUCAUGACCACUCCAAAGUCCACCCUCCAGCAAUCCAUGCACGUGGCACAGACAAAUGCGCUCGUCAAAUCGAGCAUCGUCGUGAUGCGGCUUUCCUGAAGCGCAGGAAUGCCUUGGGCAAGCGGUCCACUUCCAACGCAAACCGUUUCAUGUACAAAGAACUCCAGAACAAGACCUGUACACUUUCCCCCGACACGAUCUUCGGUCCCUAUGAUGUUGACGGCGAGCUUCAUCGCCACGAUGUCCGGGAAGGACAGGAUGGUGUUGAUCUCUAUCUUGACCUUGGACUCAUCGACGUGGAGACCUGCGAGCCUCUCUCUGAUUCCUGGUUGACUAUCUGGUCCUGCAAUGCCACCGGAACCUACUCCGGGUAUAUUGGUAUCGACCCAGACACCGUCGAAGCAUACGAUGGCUGGACCACCAGAUCCGAUGGCACAACCGACGACUCCACCUUCCUGCGUGGAAUCUCCAAGACCAAUGAGGCCGGCAUUGGCGAGUUCCUCACCAUCUUCCCAGGCUACUACUCAUCCCGCACUACCCAUAUUCACGUCACCGUGCAGUCGAAGGUGAACGGAGAUGAUACAAGCUACUCCGAUGCAGCCACACAGCACGUUGGCCAAUUGUUCUUCCCUGAAGAUCUAAUCAACUCUGUCUACCAGUUGGCUCCGUACCAUGCUCACCUGGCUACCUUGAACCGCACUCUCAACUCUGAGGAUUCUCUGUACCCCACUGCCAACUCCGAUGGAAACGAUGCCAUUAUUGCCACGGAGCUGCUUGGACAGACUCUCGCAGAGGGCCUGAUUGGUUACAUUACCAUUGGUGUGAACAGGAGUGCUGCUGCUAUCGCUACCACUGGAGAGCAGGUCAAUGUGCAGGGAGCUAUUCCUACCGUUUCCCUGAGUGCGAGCGCCCAGGCUGCGGCCAACACUAUCGAUAUUGCUCAGGGUUACCGACCAAACGGUAUGAGAGUCUAG